AUGUCCACCGACUCCAACCCGGCCGUCGCGGCGAUCCAGGACAACCUCCACCUCAUCUUCGAAGAAGCCGACGCCACGAAACGUCGUGCAGCCAUCGAGCAACUAUGGGCGAAUUCUGAAGAUGCCGUCUUCGUCGACCCCGAACGCAUCUGGCGCGGGCACGAUGAGAUUGAUCAAUGCAUCACUUCGCUUGUGGAGAAGUUCAAGGGGUGGGUGUUUGUUGAGAUUGGCGAUGCGCAGCUCCUACCAGAGAAGGGACCGGAUGGCGGUAUGCAGGUCGUGAGGCAGGCGUGGGGCUAUGGUCCACCAGGCGAGGAGCCGAAGGUGAAAGGGCAGGAUGUUGCUACGUUGGUUGAGGGGAAGAUUCAGAUGUUGGUUGCGAUUCUUGAGUAG